GGCCGGGCGGGCGAGCGGGGAAAGAUGGCGGAGCUGGGUAAGAAGUACUGCGUGUACUGCCUGGCCGAGGUGAGCCCGCUGCGCUUCCGCUGCACCGAGUGCCAGGACAUCGAGCUGUGCCCCGAGUGCUUCUCGGCCGGCGCCGAGAUCGGCCACCACCGCCGCUACCACGGCUACCAGCUGGUGGACGGCGGGCGCUUCACGCUCUGGGGGCCCGAGGCCGAGGGCGGCUGGACCAGCCGCGAGGAACAGCUGCUGCUGGACGCCAUCGAGCAGUUCGGCUUCGGCAACUGGGAAGACAUGGCUGCUCACGUGGGUGCUUCCCGGACUCCCCAGGAAGUGAUGGAGCACUAUGUGAGCAUGUACAUCCACGGGAACCUGGGGAAGGCCUGCAUCCCCGACAGCAUCCCCAACCGGGUGACAGAUCACACCUGCCCCAGCGGAGGCCCCCUCUCGCCCAGCCUCACCACCCCGUUGCCUCCGUUGGACAUCUCAGUGGCCGAGCAGCAGCAGCUAGGCUACAUGCCACUGCGGGACGACUAUGAGAUCGAGUACGACCAGGACGCCGAGACACUCAUCAGCGGGCUGUCCGUGAACUAUGACGACGACGAUGUGGAGAUCGAGCUCAAGCGCGCCCACGUGGACAUGUAUGUGCGGAAGCUCAAGGAACGGCAGCGCCGGAAGAACAUCGCCCGUGACUACAACCUGGUGCCUGCCUUCCUGGGGAAGGACAAGAGGGAGAAGGAGAAGGCGCUGAAGCGGAAGAUCACCAAGGAGGAGAAGGAGCUGCGGCUGAAGCUGCGGCCGCUGUACCAGUUCAUGUCGUGUAAGGAGUUUGACGACUUAUUUGAAAAUAUGCACAAGGAGAAGAUGCUGCGAGCCAAGAUCAGAGAGCUGCAGCGGUACAGGCGAAACGGAAUCACCAAGAUGGAAGAGUCGGCUGAGUACGAAGCCGCCAGGCACAAGCGGGAGCGAAGGAAAGAGAACAAGAACAUGGCUGGCUCCAAAAGGGGCAAGGAGGAGGGCAGGGAUGGCGAGUUUGCAGCCAUCGAGAACCUUCCUGGGUUUGAGCUCUUGUCAGACCGUGAGAAGGUGCUCUGUAGCUCUUUGAACUUGAGUCCAGCGCGCUAUGUGACGGUGAAGACCAUUAUAAUCAAAGACCACCUCCAGAAGCGGCAGGGAAUCCCCUCCAAAAGUCGCCUUCCCAGUUAUCUGGACAAAGUCCUAAAGAAAAGGAUUUUAAACUUCCUCACAGAAAGCGGGUGGAUAUCCAGGGAUGCCUCCUGAACAAGGGUGUCCUGGAGCGUCCCCAGACACUUCCAAGGCUGGAGCAAUGCUCAAGUAGCUUGUGAGCCAAAUGGCAUGGGGGGAGGGGAGAGGAACCGCCUUUUCCCCUGUUGCUCUUUUUAAACAAAUUGAGUUCCUUUUUUUAAGAUGUAAAAAUCUUUUCAAUGGUCCUCUGAAAGAAGCAAUAGUAACAAUCUUAUAUUGGAUCAUGGGGGAGACAAAUGUUUCUAUUUUAACUUGGUCCUAAAAGUAACCCUUGAAGAUGAUGAUUUGCCUUUGCGUGUUCCGUUUGGAGACUGUUAAGAGAUUGGAUGAUUUCCUUUUCUUUCCUGAGCCGCCUUCCCUUCGGGUGCAAAGCUGUGGGUGCAGGGAGUGACAUUUUCCUGCUGGGCCGCCAGCCACCCAUCAGCUUUCCCUGGUGACACACGCUCUUCUCAGGCAGGGCUGCUAUAGGCGCCCCUUUUCUGAGCCCACUGAUGCCCCCCCCACGACACCCCACAUGGCCCGGGGCACGAGGCACUUUAUAGAGGGGCCCAUGGGACACAGACCUGCCCCUGUGUAACAGAUGAAGAUGAGGCCAGAGAGCACCAGGAGGUUUCCUUACACACUUGAGGAAGAAGCCUUGUUUACACAGUUGAUCACGUGAGCUUCCACUUAGCUGUCAGCAGCGGCCAAGUGUGAGUUUGCAGCUCCCAAAUCCCAAAUCCUGCCUCUUUUUAGUCUGAGCCCAGCCUGCUGCCCACUUGGGGAUACCCCCUGGGUACAUCCUUGUUUUGUCCCAAGGAUGGGAACCCUGGAGUGGGAGGGUCACAGGACUAGUGGGAACUGCCUGGCUUCCGGGGGUGCCCCUUGCUGCUGUGACUACCUGUAGUGCAUUUGACUUGGAAGACCCCAUUUUAAAGAGUUCCAGGCCAAGUGCUCAGGGUUCUGAGUUCUGGCAUUAGCUUCCUCAGGAUUCUUCUCAGUUACAAGUCCCCUUCUCACAGAAAACAAUGACCAUGCUAGCCCAGCUAGGCGAAUUAUUUAGUGCAUGGCCAGGCCUGCUCCCGUUGGCUGGGCAGAGCCAUAGUUCCAGCCCACACAGGCCCUGGUAAGUGUGGCGGUUCCCGGCUGUGUCUUGGGGCUACUGUGCUGCUUCCUGCUCGCCCUCUUGCUUCUGACUCAAAAAUGGCUCCUUCCCAGCCCAACCGAAAAGCUCGUUUCUGGGGCCUUC